UUAGGGAGGGCGAAAAGAUUCGCAACCGAAGUUGACUGGACCAAGCCUCCUAGACCCUUCCUCCUUGAGAGGAAGAACCUUCAGAGAAGUCCUAUGCGGCAGCUCAAGAAAAGAGGGGAUGAGCGGCGUGGGCGUCAGGAGGUUAAAAGGAGGAGCACCGAACGGAAACACGGGAGUCGACACCAGCAGGAGGGGGAAUGUUGUUAAGAGUGUCGCGGGGACGUCUCGGAGAUACAAUGUGACGAAGAACGAAACGCGAGGCUACGAGAGCCGUGGUGAGCUUGGAGCCUUUGGAACUGGUGGAUUCCAAAGGCCUAGAAAAUGCGCCGUGGAAAGAUUGAGUGAAAGAUUGGGAGAGGGAAAAAAAAAAACAAGCUCCAACGAGAAUUGAAAGGGGUUGCGAGAUUUAAUUUCUGGGUCCGGGGGGAGGGGAGGGGGAAG